AUGUCACUGAAUUCGGAUCAAGUAAUCACAUUAGCUCAAGUAAACACCCUUUCAACAGACCUGAUUGAUUCGAAAAAUAAACCUAUAAUUUGGAAAGAGUUUGGUGUAUAUUUAGAUAAGAAAAUUGAAAUCAAACAACAGCAACAACAACAAGAAGAAGACUUACAACAACAACAACAACAACAUACAGAUUUAAAUCAAUUUAUAAUUAAUUCAUAUCCUGAUAAAUCAUAUUUAUCACAGAAUAUUAUCUAUAAAAUUUGUAAAUCUUGUCAAAGACCAAUUGGUUCAAAAUCUUUAAAUAAUCAUUAUAAACAGUGUAUUGAAAUGAAACAAAAAAGACAACAAGAACAACUUGAUAAUCCAACAUUAGCAGGCAACUCGCCCAAAAAGAAAAGAGGAAGAGCAGCUGCAUCUGCUGCUGCUUUAGAUAUUGAUUCUUCAGUAGAUACAACUAGAAACAACACCCCGAUACCCAAUACCAAAGAUUCCACUCCCGUGAAACCAAAGAAGAAAUACAAAAAAUCACAAACCCAAAAAGAAAAAGAAGCAGCCAAUGCCGCAGCAGCAGCUGCCGCCGCCGCCGCUGCAGCUGCAUCUUCUUCCGGAGGAGCAGGACCACCAACAACAGUCACUUCAAGUCCAGUUGAAAAAGCUCGUGAACCACGUAAGAAAAAACAACCAAAACAACCCAAAACCAUCUCCAAACCAAAAGGACCAGUCGAUAUUGAAAAACAAUGUGGGGUGGCCCUAUCCAAUGGAGGUCUCUGUGCGAGGUCAUUAACUUGUAAAACCCAUUCUAUGGGUGCUAAAAGAGCCGUACCUGGUAGAAGUCAACCUUAUGAUGUCUUAUUACAACAAUAUCAAAAGAGGAAUCAAGCCAAGAUUGCCCAUUCACAUGCAUUGGCGGCCCAGAGGAAGGAGAAUGCGGCGUUUCAUGGUGGUGCUGGGGGUGGAUAUAAUGGAGUGGAUGGAGAUCAUGAUUCACAUCUUAACUAUAAUAAAAUAUUGGAUCCUGAUGAAGAGACUCAUUUGGUAUUGGAGGGGCUUUCGAAGAAUAAUCCGAUUCCGUUGGAAAGGAAAAUUAUUAUGCCGGUGAGAUAUCGUCAUCGGUUUUUACAAGCUCGGGAGUUUUAUGCCAAUGCGUUGAUAAUUUCUCCUCAUCAUAGUCAACAACAACAGCAGCAACAACAACAACAACAACAACUGGGUCAACAUGGUGAACAAACAUUGGCUAAUCAAGCAAUAUCGGGUUCUAUUGGUGGAUUGCAAGGUAGAUGUGCACUUAUAAAUGUCGAUGCUGCCCCUCCUCCGAAUUCCGAUUCUCCAACCCAGGGCUUCAGCGCAAUAGCUGGGGAAAUGUAUCAAGUUAGAGCACCUUCAAAAGCUAUCCUAAUGACUUCUCAACAGAAUAGUAUGCAACAACAGGCAUUCCAACAACAAUUAAUGAAAUUCCAACAACAGCAACAACAGCAGCAGCAACAGCAACAGUUAUUGUUGAAACAGAGACGACAGCAGCAAUUGCAACAACAACAACAAAUGCUGGGAUCUGGUUCUGGAGGUGCUGCCGCUUCUGUGACGGGACAAGGACAGGUACAAGUCCAAUCACAAUCACCUGGGAAUUCUGCUGGUCAACUUCUACAACUGUAA